AUGGCCCGUCACCGAUUUCGGAGAGCGCCUCCGCUCAUUCUGGUGACCCUGUGUGCCUCGCUGUGGCUUGGCCUGCUCUCCUUCCCGGCCUUCGCAUCCCCUGCGAAAGGGAAGAAGCAAGAACAGGUUAGCAUGUUCGACAUGGCAACCAGUGCCAGGAAAACAAAGGCGAAGCCCAAGUCAAGGUCAAAGCCGGGCAAGGGCAUGACAAAAGCCAAAUCCGCGAAGGCUAAGGUGAAGCCUUUUCCAAGCAGCGCAGGGGACUCCUUCCUGCCGGCACAGGGCGCCUGCGUAGCGUUGUCAUUUCUGCCCGUGCAGUAUCCGACUGAGCAGCUUGACCUUGAAAAGAUAUUGUUCUCGCCAGACUCCACUUUCAAGAUUGGUCUCGGCAUCAGCAUAGUGGGAUUCCUGAUCGGUUUGGUCUCCAUCGUUACCGUCACGGCAGCGAUGGAGGAUAAGAGCGGCCGAUUGGCGACUUCGGGCCCCUUCGCCGUUGUAAGAUCUCCAACCUACACAGGCUUCAUCAUCAUGUGCGCGGGCGCCUGCGUCAUGGCGAACCUGAGCCCUGUCCGGGCACUUUUCACGGUGGCCUUGGCCGGCGUUUUGGCGCUGAAGCUUGCCGAAGAAGAGGAGGCCUUGAAAGAGGCGCGGCCGGAGGAGUGGACCCGCUACACAAAGAAAGUGCCGUUCAAGCUUGUGCCGUUCCUUUGGUGA